AGCCUCGGCUCUGACGCGCCUGGAGCUUCUGCGCUCUGGUCCCUGCCCCGCUGUGCUCGCUAUGUGGGUCCAGUUCGCCCCUCUGCGGCUGCCCCUGCGGCGGCGCGUCCAAACAGCCGCGGUGUUGCAGUGGGUCUUCUCCUUCCUGGCGCUGGCCCAAUGCUGCCUGGUGCUGUUCCUCCUCCUGCUCCUGGGGGACGGCUGGGUGCUGGCUGUCCUCUAUGCUGCCUGGCUGUACCUGGACUGGGACACACCAGCCCAGGGGGGGCGUCGCUCUAGCUGGGUGCGCAGCUGGACCAUCUGGGGACACUUCCGUGACUACUUCCCCAUCAAGCUGGUGAAGACGGCUGAGCUGGACCCUGCCCGCAACUACCUGUUUGGCUUCCACCCCCAUGGGGUGUUGGUGGCCGGGGCUUUUGGGAACUUCUGCACGGAGGCAACCGGCUUCUCGGAGCUCUUCCCGGGUCUCUGCCCACACCUCCUGAUGCUCCCCUUCUGGUUCAAGGUCCCCUUCUUCCGAGACUACAUCAUGAGCGGGGGGCUGGUUUCCUCGGACAAAGCCAGUGCCUCCUACAUUCUCAGCCGUCCUGAGGGUGGCCAGGUGGCUGUCAUCGCUGUUGGGGGCUCCCCAGAGUCGCUCGAGGCCCGUCCUGGUGCCCUAACCCUCCAGCUUCUCAGCCGCAAAGGUUUCAUCAAGAUGGCCCUGCAGCACGGCGCUGCCCUGGUUCCCGUCUUCUCCUUUGGGGAGAAUGAGCUCUUCAACCAGGUCUCAAACCCCCAGGGCUCCUUCAUCCGCACGGUGCAGGAACACUUCCAGAAGGCCAUGGGGCUGGCGCUGCCCCUCUUCCACGCCCGGGGGGUCUUCCAGUACAGCUUUGGUCUUCUGCCCUUCCGGAGGCCUAUCCAGACUGUGGUGGGGCCCCCAAUCCUUGUGCCCAAGACCCCUCAUCCAUCCCGGGAAGCCAUUGACGAUCUACACAGAGACUACCUGGAGAAGCUCAACCAGCUUUUUGAAGAGAACAAAGCCAAGUAUGGCCUUCCGGAAGACAGCCAUCUCCACCUGAUCUAGGGUGAACAGACUCAGCAACAUCCCCACCCUCCUCCACGAGGAGGGACAUCACGGCCUACUCCUCAGACUACAUUAAGGGACUUCUGGGUAACAGGACUAAAGGGGGUCACACUUUGUGCACAGUUCUCCCCACUGUCAAGAGGAAUGGUGGAUGCCCUGAUUUUUGAGCCAGUGACCCUGGUAGCCUUGAAGCCUUCCUAAGAAGAAAGGGGUCUGCGGUGUGGUGGUGGAGGAAGGCAGCUCUGUUGGAAGCUUGGGGCAAAGGAGAUCUGCGUACGUAAGCAGGAUUGCUGACAGCUUGGCUACUUGCAUGGACCAUAGCUUGAGGGCAUGGGGGUCUUUUUAAAAAGCAGUUUUGCCUCCGGGAGGGGGGUCCCUUUCUUGUGCUGUCCCAGUAGGGUGUGGUUUGCCCUUUGAGUGUGUGAAAUGUGCCUUCAAUGUAAGCAGGCUGCCUCACUUACCCCCCCAAUAAAGUGGAAAAUUGUCUGUCUUGCAAAA